AGCUUUAAUAAAUAAGGAUACAGGGCACCUCCCUAUGCCAUGGUUUUGUGUGAGAAGAGUGUCUUGUGUGAAGCCAAUGUAUUUUAUGAAGGUGCAGGCAGUAUGUGAAUGUCAUGUGGGAUACUGCGCACACACACACUGUCUUCCUGGUUAUACGAUAGAGGAACAGAAGUGUGUGGUGAAGAGGGAGCUGUAUACUGAGCUCCUAGUGCCCGGGCAUGGCUUACAGGGCAGGUUGUGAGCUACAGCGCCCUGUUGUGGUAUUGCUGUUGGCAGGGCUGUCCGUGUGUGGCACAGCUGGAGAACAGUGGCCGGUGCCAUACAAGCGUUUCGACCAUCGUCCAAAAUCUGAUCCAUAUUGUCAAGCUCAAUAUACAUUUUGCCCUACUGGGUAUGCAGAUGGAUCUAUCCCUCUUACGAAGAAUGAAGAUGUCAUUGAGGUUUUCCGACUUCAAGCUCCUGUUUGGGAGUUUAAAUAUGGAGAUCUUCUUGGACACUAUAAAAUAAUGCAUGAUGCCAUUGGCUUCCGGAGUACAUUAACUGGAAAGAAUUACACAGCAGAAUGGUAUGAGCUGUUUCAGCUGGGAAACUGCACAUUCCCGCAUCUAAGGCCUGGCAUUUCAGAACCAUUCUGGUGCAAUCAGGGGGCAGCUUGUUUCUUUGAAGGAAUAGAUGAUCAGCACUGGAAAAGUAAUGGGACUUUAGUUCUAGUAGCAACAAUAUCAGGCACCAUCUUUAAUCAGCUGGCGAAAUGGAUACAAGAGGAUAACAACACUGGCAUUUAUUAUGAGACAUGGACUGUGCAGGGAUCAGUGGGACCUAACUCAUCUGUGUGGUUUGAUUCAUAUGACUGCAGCAAGUUUGUACUCCGAACUUAUGAAAAGCUUUUUCAGCUUGGUGCCAGAUUUAGGAAAAAUAUACAAACCAACUACACACGCUUAUUUUUGUUCAGUGGAGAACCAGUGUAUCUAGGGAAUGAAAGCACAAUCUUUGGCCCACAGGGAAAUAAGUCAUUGGCUUCUGAUAUUCAGAAAUUUUACUUCCCUUACAGACCCCAUCAGUCAUUUAAACAACUUAUUCUAAGCAUUUUAGAUAUAUAUGGGAAGGUUGUUUUGCACAAGACCUUUUAUCUGUACUAUAAUUUUGAAUACUGGUAUUUACCUAUGAAACCUCCUUAUGUUCAGAUAACCUAUGAGGAAAUUCCCCUCCCAUCCAGAUAGCAUUAGAAAGUUUGUACAGUCAGAAAUCAAGUAUCUUCAGUAAUGAGAACGGAGUUGUUUUUCUGUUUUUCCAUGCUGCUUUAACUUAAAUGCAGUAUGAAUAUAUAGAGGGAACCUGUCAUUAUUUUUAUGCUUCCUAAACACAAGUUAUCAGGAUGGUCCCUUGUGGUUUUUCUGCCCCCCCCCCCCCCCCCACAUUAGCCUUGAUUAAUAUGAUUUAUCAUGGCUUGGUUUUUGCCCUGAUAUGUAUUGUCAGCUGUGAGACCUUAUAUAGACAGGGCUGUGUCUUUCCAAAUCAUGUCCAAUGAACUGAAUUUACCACAUGUUACUCCUAUCACGGUGUAGAAACGUCUCAGAGAUGAUCAAGUGAAAUGGGAGACCUCAUAUUUCAAGUGUCGUAGCAAAGUAUUUAUGCCCAUGCAAAGUUCUUUUUCCUACUUAAUAAAUUAGUUAACAUUUCUAAAAUUCUGAUUUUACCUUGCCAGUAUUGAGUAUUGAAUGCAGAAUGAUAAGUAGGAAACUUAAAAAAAAGUUAUAGGGGUCAGAAGCAGAAGAUGACAAUUUUAAACGUGAAGUGACCGAACUAACAAUAAUGAACCUACACAGUGAAUUCUGUAAAAAUAACAAAAUACCAAAUUCCAGAAUUGUGACUUUUUUUUUAAAGCAUACCCGUCAGAUCCAACAAAAAACACUUUUUUUAAUAUACCACUCAGCACCUUAUCCUGACCAUGUACAUCAAAUUUUCAUGUGUCUAGCACCUUUAUUUAUUUUGUUAUUACACUUUUAAUUUAGCUCACUAGUCUUAAUUCCUCUCAAAGGGAGGGGGCGUGGUCUCACUGUGCAGGUCUCCGCCCCCUCCCUCAGUAUGCUGUCUGCUCACAUCUCCCCUAGCAUAAGCAAAACUACAACUCCCAGCUUGUCCUCACUGACAGUAGCGGGACACAAGCUGACAGUGGGAGGAUUGUUCCUCCAGCUGUGAGCCCUGCGCUCCCAGCUGUCAAUCAAGGAAGUGUGUCCAUGACAUAGGUGAUGAUGCAUGGACACAGCAGGACUAGUAUGUCUCCAAGCAGGCAGGGGGGCAGUUCUUUGACUGGCUCUUUCAAUAUGAAAUACUGAAAAUUAUCUAAUGAAAGCAAUUGCAAAACCUAUUGGUUUUGCAUGCUUUACAACAUAUCAAAAGUUUUUGUAUCUGACAGUGCCCAUUUAAGGUCACAUCACAUCCAACAAAUGCCAAAAUGGUACCAUAAAAAUUACAAAUUAUAAUGCAAACAUGAGCUUCCAUAGAACUUCAUAGAUAGAAAGUUUUCCGUAUUUUAAUAAAGUAGUAAAACAUGAGGGAAACUAUCCUGUUUUGGGUAUGGUAAUCCUACUAAUUUGAGGAACACAGAUAACAUGGCACUUAUACCACACAGUGAACAGCGUAAACACAACCCCAUUCCUCCACCUCAGAAAAAAACUUUAUAAAAACAGGCAAAACAAUAUGUGUGAAUUAAAUUUAAGUACAUUAGUCCCGUAAACAAACCCUUAUAUAGAUUUGUGGAUAGAAAUGUGAGAGGGUUAUGCUUCUUCAAAGACUAGGAGGGAUAAAAAUACAUGUUAUUGGACAGGGAAGGGAAGCACUAUUUUUCAUUUAUUAUUGUUUCUUACUAUAAGAUUUUUGGAUUUAAUGUGUGUACAUAGUAAUGCUGCCAAUAUUUUUCUGAAGCUGAGAUGAGGCUUUUUCAUUGUUUUUCAUUGUUGCUUUUAUCUAAUUUCUUCUUUAUAUUUACCUAUGAAGUGGAGUAAGCUGGCUUUGUCAAGCAUAUCAAGUAUUAACCUGCUAAUAUAAUACAACAAAAGUGAUAUAUGUAAACAAUAAGAUAAGAUUAUUUUGGGCAUGUUGCCUAGAAACUUCUCCAUGAAGUGGAUUAUCUGGUCUUUUUCCUAUUGACAUGUUUGCACUAGUGUAUAUAAUAUCUUUAGGGUCUUACAGUGCUUUUUUGUUCUUUGGGAACUUGGACAAUCCAGAGAGUGUUUGUCACCCGUGCUGCUGUUAACCAGCAACAUUAGUCACUUGUGAAUAGGCAACCAUGGCAAACAUAAAAAGCGUAAACCACUUAGGGCCCUUUCCGGCUGGAAAUUCUGUGGGCAGCAGGCCCAGGAAUACCAAGCCGCUGCUAGGACCAAUUUGAAAUUUGCUUUCUUCAUAGACUGCUAUGCAGAUUCUGCAGAAAGAAUGAACAUGUUCCAAUAGCGAAAAAUAAUUAUCAAAUAAAGGUUCAUUUAAAUAACAGAAAACAUUUAUGUAUUGAUCUUUUUGAUCUUGAAGUAGAAGGUUCAUCAAAGAUGGAAACCAUGGCUAUGUGCUGCCUUGUACUGGAAAAAACAGCACAGAAAUAAUAAUUUUUUCCUACAAAAUCUCUGUGUGAAACUACCCUUAAAGGCGUAGCAAUUAUUUUCUAUUUACAACCCACUUUUCUGGUGCAUGCAAGUUUGGAGUUAUGAUUUCCCAUGGCUGCUCAUCCAAUCAGUGGCAUUGAAGCGGGACAGUUCUGCAGCCACUGAUUGGAUGAGAGAAAUGUAGCGCGGAAGCAAGGAAGGUAAAAUAUGGUUAUCUUUUUUUACUUACCUCCUCCCUGAGUGGAUUGUAAAUAAAAAAGAAUUGCUGGAGUACAACUUUAACAGGGAAACAAAGACCUCACUUAAAUAUUAAAACUUUGAAUUGGGUAAUAUUCAGUAUAAAUUUAACUGACAACAUUUUACUACCCAACCUUAGUCAGUACUACUAUUUAUAUGGAUUCUCAUUAAGUAAUUUAUACAUUACUAUUAAACUGGAUAUACAGUAAUAUACAAUUUUUAUUAAUCAUUUCUAGAUGAACAGGAGUCAGAUUUUGUAUACUGAUUUUCAUAUCCCUUGCUGGAUAUUCCUUUUUUUUUUUUAUCAUAAUUUGAUGUAUGUGGGUUGCUUGUAGAAUAAGAAUUGAUAUUCUUUCAGUGGAAGGAGCAUCCAUUCACCCACUCUCCUCUUCUGCAAAACACAAAGUAAGAAUAUACGGUUUAAUUUUGUACAUAAAUUCAUUGAAUUUGAUGAAUUACGUUAUCUGCAUUUUUUUUCUGUCCAGAAUCCCUCUACAGUAAGCAGAAACAAUCUAUUGUUACAACAGGGAUUAAACUUUUUAAUAGA